AUUUGUUAUGACAACGAAAUCGGUGUAUUUUUUUCGGUUAGUGACAUUUGUGUUGAAAAAAGGAGAAAGUAUCGCGCCCACAAAGGCGUGUGGGGCUCGCGAUAUCCUUAUCACGAAUUGCAAAAACUACGCACCGACGUCUUGGCCUCUGGAAGGAAUACGUGUGAAACAGGAGUGUGUGUGUGUGCGCGCUUAGCAAAACAUGACAUCACAUCGGCCGCCAACCGCCUACGACGACGUCCACGACGAUUGAUACGGUACGUUCCCCGGUGGGGCGACGACAAGAAGCAAGCGGCGAAUGGUGGUUGUGUAGAAAACGACGGGAAAAGUGAGGAGAAAUCUACCACCCAGAAAGGCGCACUGUUGUGGGUGGUGUGCACCUUUGUGCUCAAAUACUCGAGAAAACACCGUACGAACCACCAAAGGGCGGCCAGCCUUUUUGCACAGCGAGUACUUGUUGCUGGCCCCUAUUGUUUUCGUUUGUGACGUGGCUGUACUAACCGGGGCAAGGAAUGCCCAACGGGACGAAUGUAGACUGGUCCAGAUAUGGGCUCGGUAGCGAUGAUUCAUCACCAACCGAACGGAACCGUGCACAGGGACGGACCGGUGGUGGCAGUGGUGGAUUUGUGGAUUUGGGCAAUGAGUACGACUACGGUGCCGGAGGACAUCAUGCGUCCGGGCGGGAUGAAAUCUUUGCCGAAGAUCAGGGCGAUAAGCCGUGGUGGCGAAGCAACUUCUUCAUCUCGCAACCGGUGCUGUUUGGUACGUGGGACGGUGUGUUUACCUCCUGCCUGAUCAACAUCUUCGGCGUGAUCGUGUUCCUGCGUUCCGGGUGGAUCGUAGCCGAGGCGGGUAUCAUGAACGCCAUUCUGAUCGUGUUCUGUGCGGUGGGCAUUGCGCUUGUGUCCGUCCUGUCGGCCGUCGGCAUCUGUGAGCGGUGCCGGGUGGAAAGUGGUGGCGUGUACUUCCUCAUUGCCCACACGCUCGGUUCCCGGUUCGGUGGAUCGCUCGGGCUGCUCUACUGCUUCGGGCAGGCCGUGGGCUGUGCGCUGAAUGUGCUCGGUUUCGGUGAAUCGAUUGCGGGGCUGGUCGGGCUGGAAGGUAACCAGUGGGCGAUCCGUGGCUUUGCCAUCGCGGCCGUCCUUCUGCUCGGGGUCAUCAAUGUGGCCGGUGUGAAGUGGGUGGUAAAGCUGCAGUUUGCACUGCUGAUUGUGAUUCUGAUGUCCGCACUCGACUUCAUGGUUGGCAGCUUUAUUGGUGAAGCGCCCGAACAUGGGUUCGAUGGCUGGGGAUCGGGCAAUAUGGGAUUGAAUCUGUGGUCGGCCUACACGGACGGCACGUCGUGGUUUACCGUGUUCGGUGUGUUCUUCCCGACGAUCACGGGCAUCCUGUCGGGCAUUAACAUGAGCGGUGAUUUGCGUGCACCCUCGACGGACAUUCCAAACGGUACGCUGGCCGCGCUCAGCACAUCGACGUUCCUGUACAUGGUGUUUAUACUGUUCCUCGGUGCAACGUGCCAGCGCAGCCAUCUGCUGACGGACUACCAGAUUGCGGUGAAAGUGUCGGCGGUCGAGUUCCUGCUGCUGGCCGGCAUCUACGUGUCGAGCAUGUCCUCCUGCCUGGGUGCGAUGUACGGCACACCGCGCGUACUGCAAAGCAUUGCCAACGAAAACGUUAUUCCCGGCAUCGGCAAGCUGGGAAAGGGACGUGGCCCGAACAAGGUACCGCUGUACGCGAUGGCCGUAGUGGCAGGCGUUACGACUACGUUCAUCAUUAUCGGUGAUAUUAAUACGCUGGCCCCGAUCGUCACGAUGCCGUUCCUGCUGACGUACGCCUGCAUCGACUACUCGUACUUUGCACUGGCGCAAACGUUCGACAUACAAAACAAUCGUGAGGAGCGGUUCCGGAUACAGGCGCAGAGUCCGCUGUACGAAACCAGAAACUACGGUGCGACCGGAGAUUACACUGAAAAUAACGAUCUGGAUCAGCUGUUCCCCGAGCGAACGAGACACAAAAAUCUCGGAACGCCAUCCAACUCACCGCAACACGUGCCUUCAAAUGGCGCCACGAGCGCCGCGCGAUCACAGCAACCAAAUGGAGUACCUCACAGCGCAUCGGUUACCAGCGCGGAUUCGGAAGUGGUUUUCCGGGACGGCACCAACAGUGCAAACAAUGCCAACUCCCUGAGCGAAGCGGACGAUGAACCGAUCGCACCGAUUCGACCACCGAUCCAUUCCAAGACGAAAAAUUGGUACUCUGGCUUCUGCAAUCGAUGGGCCUCUCUGCUAGGCGCUGGUGUGAAGAUACUCGUAAUGAUGCUAGUGAGCUGGGUGUACGCACUGAUUUGCAUUGGAACCGUGUUUAUUGUGUGGUUCUACGUCGGUACAGCAAACCCGGCUGUGAAACCGGGCCUAGCUCAUGAGUUCCGCUUCUUUGUCUGGUUGAAGAAUGUCGUUUUCCGGUGCUUUGGAAAACGUGUGCACGAUUAUGAACAGGUCGUAGUUACCCAAACGUGUCCCAACGUGAACCUUGCCUCUGCUCAGCUGAACGAAGAAAAUGAGGACUUUGCCUCGCGGCGCCGAUACCAUCAGACUGCGGUCGUUCAGGGCCGGUAUGUGGAUGAAGUGUGAAUAGUUAGUCACGAGAGGGAGGUGAAGAAAAAACCAAACCAAGAGACGGUCCUCCGCCCAAUACUAGCCACAGACUAUGUACCCGCCCUACUAAACGAUGUUCAGAAACCGUUCGUUACUUGUGUAACCCGCCGGUAUCAUAAUCGAUCGCCAAAGUGUAUGGAAAAAAAAGGUGAGUCGUUGUAGAGUGCUCGCACACACGCAAAAAAUAAGAUAUAUGUGAAACAUAUUUAGACCAGACCGUAACAAAAAAAAAAAACACGAUCGUAACAAGCAAUAUCGGAGCAUUACACAUCAAAAGAAGAAGAAAUGGUCCAAAAAAUGAUGGAUAAAAAAUCGGACAGCGUCUCGAUUACGGGGCAGAGAAAGAGUAUUGUUUUCAUAAUCGUCUGAACCACAAACAAGUAGUAUAGGAUCAAAAUGAAAUUAUGUAAAUAUGAAGGUCAGGUUCCCUCCUUCCUAUUUUUGUGUUGCCAGAAGCUUACGGGGCGCGUAGCAAUAAGAAGUGUAAAUUGAUUUUUCCCCGUGUUUUUUUUUUAAAUAAUGUAUUCCAGUUUAUUUAUUAACGUACACUCGACGCCCCCAACUAAUUUUCGGGCACACUAAUUCUCACGAUGCUGUAUUGAAAUUGCUGUCCUUUACAUGAAAGGCAGACCGGAGAGAUUACCAAAAUGUUGUCGCUUGUAUAGCAGCGCUUUCUUCCCUUUCUGUUUCUGUUGGACAAUGGACCCCUUUCAUUGUUUUUGCGCUAAUGAUUGAUAGACUGCUUUAAUUUAACCUAACAUCCCGAGCGCGCGUACGGAACCAAUCUUAGAUAAGUAGCAUUAAUUAAUAUAUACACAUAUACAUUUCGUUUGGAGAAGAUAGAGGCAGCGAGAACAAUAAAUAUGCAAGUGAUUCCUUUUUUAUUGUUUUGUGAAGAAAGUAAACCGACAUCCUCGUCACAUACCAAUCGGGAUGAACUAAUGCUGUGUAAAAAAAAAAUCAUAAAUACAACUGAUAAUAUUAAACUAA